UCUAGAGUGUAAACAAAAUAAAUUAAGCUAGAACUAAUUAAGAUUGUAAGUUAAGCAUCUAUCAAUAAAUAAAGUUGGUGGCUCUAGUUCAUUUGAAAUAAACUACAUUACUUUUUAGAACCGCCUUAUUAAUGUUACCAAAUGUUUAUAAAAAUUAAUAGGUCGAUGAGCUUUCAUCUUUUAAAUAUGGGUUUAUUUGUAUUCUUUCUACGUGGAUGGAUAUAUCAUGUUUACUACGUGUUUAAUUGAACUCAACAUAUUAAUAAAAUGAUCAAAAUUAUAAAUAAAACUAGAUAAAAUUAAUUAAAAUAUUACUUGAAAUACCUCCCCAAAAUAGACCCUCCCAAUAUUUGAAUUUGAAACAAGCUAUAUCUCAAUUCAGAUAUCAAACCUGAAAAGGUAAAACUUCUUUCAUAAAAAUAACAUGUGGCAGCAGAGCCGAUGUAAAAUUUUAUGAAUAGGAUUAAUAUUUAUAUUAUAUAUUGUUUGGUCAAAUAAAUAUAAUUUGUCAUAAGCAAUGACUUGUGUCGUCUUUAUUGAGAUUAACAAAUACAAACAUUUAAAUUAACAAAAUAAGAAAUUAGUCAAGUAGAGAAUAUAUGUCAAUUGCUAGAUCUACUUUACAUAUUUUCACUUUUUAAACCUUUAUUCCCUCUUUUUAUUCCUCCUCGAUUUCCAUAAUUAAUUACUCAUCCAUCUGCAUUUCGUUUAUUUAUUCCCUCUCAAGUAAAUGCAAUAGUACUAAUUUUUCUCUAAGUUACUUAUUAAUUACUAAUUUAUUAUAGUAAACUACUAUAGUUUAUAUACAUGUAAAAUAAAAUAUUCAUAUUCUUUUCUUGCUUUAGUUUUUUCGUUUUUCACAAUCGAGAUUCAUCAUUAUCACAUUGUGAUAAUAAUCAAAAAAAAAAAAAAGAAAAGAAAAAAGAACGUUCAUGGAUGAUUUUCAGCCAAAUUUGUACUAAAUUAGCCGUAGAAAAAGUUCAAAUUUCUUCAUUUGGCCGUGCAUGGCGGACAAGCUACAGUUUUUGUAAUUUGUAGAAUACGAGCAGUAGCAUUGGGAAGCAGCACCAGUUGCAGAAGAAGAAGAUUCAAUUUUUUUGUUUUACCAUUUAUGGAAGAAGAACUGAAACCAGAGAUCUCAAACAAAGGAUUUCAAAAAUGAUGAAUAAAUGUUCAAAAUGGGUUUCUUCAGAUCUUCAUUGGAAGCUUUUACUCUUGAUUCUUCCUCUACUUUCUCUCUUUUUUUACUUUUCUCUUUCCUCCAUUUCCGCCAUAGCCAGUAACACUUUUUCCACUUUUACCCCUCUUAACUCUCUUUUCAACAAUAACGCCCCUCUUCCUCCUUCUCCUUCACAUCCGCCGGUUUUUUCGAAUCAAACGGAGAAGAAAACCGGCUUAGAUCGGUCUGAGCCUCUGUUUCCGCCGGGUUUUUUUAAUCGAUCGGUAACGAAGGAGGAGUUGAACCGGUCUAGAAUUGCUGUGUGCAUAGUGGGUGGAGCUCGUAGGUUUGAACUAACUGGGCCUUCUAUAAUCCAGAAAAUUCUGAAAGAGUAUCCGAAUUCUGAUCUGUAUCUUCAUAGUCCGUUGGAUUCUAAUGCAUACAAGCUUUCCUUGUUAAAAACUGCUCCUCGAAUUUCCGCCAUUAAAAUUUUCAAGCCUAAAACCAUUAAAGAGACUGAGUUUCAGGUCCGAGUUCUCAGUGCUCGUGGCUCACCUAAUGGUAUUCAGGGCCUGCUGCAAUAUUUCAACCUUGUUGAGGGCUGCUUGACGAUGAUUCAAGCGUACCAGCACAAGAACAACUUCACUUACGAUUGGAUAAUCCGUACCCGAGUUGAUGGAUACUGGAACUCGCCAUUAUCAUCCGAGGACUUCAUUCCCGGCGCCUAUUUAGUCCCUUCUGGUUCAUCCUACGGUGGCUUAAAUGAUCGCUUUGGCCUUGGUGACUAUAACACUUCUGUAGUUGCUCUUUCACGGCUCUCUUUGAUUCCUGAGUUGGAUGCAGCCAGAUACCAUCUCCUCAACUCUGAGGGCGCAUUCAAGGCCCAACUCACUAUUCACAGAGUUCCCUACAUCUCUAAGCGCCUCCCGUUUUGUGUUGUAUCAGAUCGUAGCUAUGAUUUUCCACCACCCCGUUUUGGUGUUCCAGUAGCAGCACUUUCUAGUCCAGGCCCAUUAAGUGGUGCCAAGUGCCGGCCUUGCACACCUCCAUGCACUCACCACUGUGUUGGGCUCAUGAUGAAUAAACUGUACAGAGGAUGGAGCUGGACUGACUGGACCAAUAACACCCUUCAGCUCUGUGAUGCCCAUGCCGAGUGGGAGAGUGGUUGGGAGAAAAUAUUCGACCAAGUGGCAGGAAACAAAACCUUCGAUUUUCUGUAGACAAAUACAGGUCUUUUUUUGUUGUUGAAUAUCUCAUGGAUACUAAGUAGUAUUGUAGCUUUAUGGAGAAAGAAAUUUAGAGAAAUGGAGAAAAGUUUCCUGGUUUUUGUACCUCAA